AUGGGCUUAGACCAACGUCCCUCUUGUUUGCGUAAUUUUCCUCAUGAACUACUCUAUGUUAGUACUCUGUCAUGCGCGCAGUUGCUUACUCAAGCUGCACUAGGAAAUGUUCUGGUUCCAUUGCACAUUGUUGGUCCGGAUAUCGGUAUCACAAACACUGCUGAAUUGCCGUGGACAUUGGCGGCGUAUUCGUUAACCGUUGGAGUUUUUAUCAUGGUUACGGGACGGUUAGGCGACAUUUUCGGGCAUAAAUUGUUGGUCAUAAUUGGUUAUGUGAUGUUUUCGAUCUUCAGUCUUUUAACUGCUAUGGCUGCGUACGUAAAUAAUGGUAUAUAUUUCCAUAUCAUGAGAGCAUUCCAAGGUAUAGGGCCAACAAUGCUUUUGCCCAACGCUGUAGCUUUACUUGCUCGAGCUUACCCAGUUGGUUUGAGAAAAUCGAUUGUUUUCUCAAUUUUUGGGGCCACAGCUCCAGCUGGAUUUAUUUUGGGUGCCGCAUUCGGAAGUUUAUUUGCUCAAUUGGUGUGGUGGCCUUGGGCACAUUGGGUGUUGGCGAUCUUCUGUUACAUCUUAGCUAUUUCAACUUAUAUUGUAGUACCUAGUGAAUUAUCAAAACCGGUGCAUCCUACAGGUAAAACUGAUAUAGUUGGUGCAAUUGUGGGAAUCUUAGGUUUAAUUCUAUUCAUUUACUGUUGGAAUGAAGGACCUGUUGUUGGUUGGGAUAAACCAUAUGUGUAUGGGGUACUGAUUGCCAGUUUAGUCAUUAUCGGUAUUUUUAUUUUUAUUGAAAGAAAAACCGACGAACCGAUUAUGCCACUUUCGAUUUGGUCUGUCGCCGGCUUUCCCGGUGUACUUGCUUGUAUGGCGCUAGGUUGGUCAAGUUUUGGCAUAUUUAUUUAUUAUAUUGUUCAAUUUCUUGAAAACAUUCAUCAUGCAUCACCAUUAUUAACAACAGCCAUGUUAAGCCCUUUGGUUAUUUUUGGUCUGGUGGCAACCAUUAUUGUUUCUCAAUUAUAUGGUCGAGUACCUGCUCAUUAUCUUCUAAUGGCAUCGAUGAUUUUCUUCUGUGUCGGUAAUAUUCUUAUUGCUACGGCACCACCUGAUCAAACUUAUUGGGCACAAGUGUGUGUAGCCACAGUGCUUACACCCUUUGGAAUGGAUAUUAGUUUCCCUGCUGCAUCAUUAGUCAUCAGUAAUCGAAUGCCUAUUCAUCAACAAGGUGUAGCAGCAAGUAUGCUCAAUACAGCAAUCAAUUGGUCAAUCUCAUUAGGUUUAGGCAUUGCUGGAACAAUUGAAAGUGAAAUGCUCAAAAGAGGCAAAACUCCUCUCGAAGGUUAUCGAUACGCCUUAUAUGCGGGUAUUGCCCUAAGCGGACUAGGCGUUCUCAUAGCAUUGCUAUUCUGUCGCGUGCCUAAAACAACAGUUUCCGAGAACACAUCUGACGUAACUCCGGAUACAGCGAUCAAUACUGAGCGAACCGGCGAUGACAGCUAA